UACUAUUUUCGGUACCCUCCUAAUCCCCGUUUCCUUUUCCUAAAUCCCCUAUCGGCUAUCGCUAUCCCCAAAUUGGACCGGUACGGAGCGGGACCGAUACCGGUUCGGGUACUCUCCUCCUAGAUCCCUAAUUGUAUCCAAGAGAUUGGAUGUCCAUUUUAUUAGUCAACCCCGCAGCGUUUAGUACGCCAUAAAUUAGCUUUAACCCGACCCGAGACCCAGACGGAAAGUCGCUUCAAAAUUCAUUCAGUAUAAAGAACCCAAUCCUCCAAUUUUGGAAUUUCGCAUAUCUCCCGCCAAAACUUGUCGCUCGAAAUCGCCAUUUGAUUUGAAUUUUGAACAACACAUCUCUUCCAGUCCUAGUUUUCCGAUGUCAGCUUCUUCGGCCAAGAUGGAGGCCCUUUAUAGCAAGCUCUACAGCAAGUACACUAAGCUCAAGAAAGAAAAAGACACGGAUAUGGAGAACCUGAAUAUGGAACAAGAGCUGAAAUUUGUGAAUUACGUGGCUGCUGCCGAACAACUGAUUGAAUUCGUGAGAAGUGAAAAUGACAGACUACGCGAACAAGUCAACGCGUUGAGGAGUGAAAUGGCAUCAAUGAGGGUUGCCAAAGAUGACGAGAAGAUUCAAUACCAAAAGCUUUUGAUGGAAGACAACCUGAAGAUUAAAGAACUUAGUGAUGAAAUUCAGAGACUUCAACAACAUGACCGAGAGGGAUCUGGUUUCCAUGCUAGCACUGAUAAAGGAGAAAGCAGACAAAUUAUUACUGUUGGAGAUUCUCUUCCAGAUGCAUUGGAUGGCUCAACCAUAGCAAACAAGAAACGUCGUAGGCAGUCUUUGCCUAGCAUACAAGACUCUGUUUCACUGUCUCCCAGGGAAGAACUUCCAACUGGACUUGCACAACCUAGUACGAGUUCAUAUAGGUACACUGAGCCUGCUUGCUGUAGAAGAAAUGCUGACAUUUCAGGUGAUGGUGCAGCUGACAUCUCUCCAACCAAGUGCAUCUUCCAAGACGUUUUUCAGUGGCUACUCGGUAUGAAAUUUUCUACUGUGACGGAAAAUGAAGAAUUAUGCAUCUCAGCGCUUCAUGAGUCAAGUGGACUUUCUUUUAGUUUGACGUUGAUAAAGAAUGCAUCUGAAGAACUAGAAUUGGUGUACCGCAUGCUGUCACUGGGGACCUGUGAGAGAGUGGCCCCUGAGUGGAUGAGGGAUACAAUCAUGUUCGGCCCAAAUAUGUGUCCAGUUUUCUUCGAGAGGGUGUCUCGUGUUAUUAAGCACGGUUUCUAACCCCGUUUCUCACGUUUUUCUAACUUAGAACUUCAUGCUGUGUAAUUGUUCUACAUGAUUUCAGUAGAACUAUAGGUUUUAAAUCAAAUCCAUGUUCUUAUAAGGUAUUCCAGAUGGAGACCGCUCCUGUAUUUCAAUUGGUUGAUUAGUAAAGCCCAUUGUGCAGGA